GUAGUGGAGGCAGCAUCACAGAUCUCCAGCGUCAGAUCAAGCCCAUUGAAAACACGAGCUUCACUACAACUGCAACAGAUGAAGAGACCAGAUGAAGACAGAUGAAGAGACCAGGAAUUGAAGGAAAAUGGGUGAUUUAUGAUAUGGCUUCCAGGGAGUUAAAAUGUGUAGUUUUAUUCCUAAAGGUAGACACAAACUAUUGACUUCUUCAGCAAUCUCAGCAAAAUGAAGAGACCGUUCUCUGCUGCUGUUUUCCUUUAGAGAAUCCCCCGAACAGGCAGUGGGAGAGCACAGUUUCUCCUCGGCUCGCAGUGAACACAACUCAGACUAUUAUUUUGGACGCCACGGCUCGUCCUGAUGGGCUGCCUCAACCUCACCAGCAGAAACGAGACUUUGCCUGGCAAGCAGCCCUUCUCUGUGCAGACCUCGGUGAUGCUCACCACCCUGGUGGGGAUGCUCAUUUUACUAACCGUGUUUGGCAACGUCAUGGUAGUGAUCGCUGUGAUGACGAGCCGGGUCCUGAAGGCGCCCCAGAACUUGUUUUUAGUCUCUCUGGCGUGCGCAGACAUUCUGGUUUCCACCUUAGUGAUGCCCUUUUCCCUAGCAAACGAACUCAUGGGUUACUGGUACUUUGGCACAGUGUGGUGUGAAAUCCACCUGGCUUUGGAUGUUCUCUUUUGCACUUCAUCCAUCGUUCACCUGUGCGCCAUAAGCCUGGACAGGUACUGGUCUGUGACUAAAGCCAUCGAGUACAACCUGAAACGGACGCCCCGCAGGAUUAAAUGCACGAUCUGCUUGGUUUGGGCGCUUGCAGCCUUGAUUUCAUUCCCCCCGCUCAUCACAAUGACAAAGAAGGAGGGAGGAAAGGACAACCCUGCGUGCAAGAUCAAUGAGGUGAAAUGGUAUAUCAUAUUCUCGAGCAUUGCAUCCUUCUUUGCACCCUGUGUCAUCAUGAUUAUGGUGUAUGUCCGGAUCUACCAGGUUGCCAAGAAAAGAACCAGAGCCUCACCAGGAGAGCGGCAAAGAGAGAACGGCAACUUAGAGAACACCCAAUUUGACAUGGACCCCGGAGAAAAGCAAGAGAAGGAAAUGGAUGAGCUGAAAGACGGGGAAGAGGUCUGCGGGCUGGACGUGGAGGAAGAGCCGUCCUCCUCUGAUGGGAAUGAAAACAUCCUGUGUUCCCUGAUGAAGAAGAGGAGCGGGAGAACACCCAAAGCGACUCAGGUGAAACCUAAAGAAACUUGUGCAAAGGCAGAGGACCUGUCCUCUGCGAGGGCGAGCAAGUGGAAGGGAAGGCAGUACAGGGAGAGGCGCUUCACCUUCGUCCUGGCCGUGGUCGUGGGAGUGUUUGUUCUUUGCUGGUUCCCCUUUUUUUUCACCUACACGCUUGCAGCAGUUUGCGACACGUGCUGUAUCCCGGAGAAGCUGUUCAAGACCUUCUUCUGGUUCGGCUACUGCAACAGCUCACUAAAUCCGGUGAUAUACACCAUAUUCAACAAAGACUUCAGAAAAUCAUUCAGAAAAAUCCUUUGCAAAAGAAACACAGGAGGUUUGUAAUUAAAAAACAAAAAAGUGUGCAUUAUGCUUGUUUUGCAAUCUGUAUUACAAUGUUGCAGCAUGCCAGUUUAGAGUUUUGAUAUUGUUUAACUGUGACAUUGUGGGUGGCUAUUUAUGAAAAAAUGUUGCACAUUAAAUGUUCAUGUUUAUCAUAAUUAUAAUAUUGUCAUGAAGAGUACAAAUUUAAAAUGACACAGAUGCAUCAAAACGUGACUUAUAUCUGCAUGCUACAAUGGUAUAGAUCUCCUAAAAUUUCAAAGUUUGUAAAUAAACAUAACUUGGCACAUUAUUUAUUUCUGACGACUGUAUAAUAUCCCCACAGCGGUAGUGAUUCAGUAAGGGAAAUUAAAUGCUAAAAAGAUGCGUAACAGAUUUGUGACACUUUCAUAAUCACCUUGUCAGUGCUGGCCCAAGAAUAUACGGGGCCCUAAUCAUUUUAAUUUGGGGAUCCUUUUUUUAAUUUGGGCCCCCCAGCCUCCACACCAUUAAUCUGCUAUAUAUUAGAUUUAACAGCAGUAUACUUUCACAGUUCACUAGCAAACCGACAAUUAAAUUGACUAUUUGUAUUCAUCUUGACCCUGAUAUCAUUUGCUCCGUAUUGGGUAUUAAAGUAAAACCUGAAAAUGCAGUAGGUUGCAAAACUUCAACAUAUUUCGUUAGGAUUUCUUUUUGUUGUUGCAUAAUUGAUAAGUGAAAGGAAUAAAAAGUACAAAUAAAAAUCUAAGAAAGUGCAGUGUGCCUUUUAACUCUGCUAUGAUGUUCAUUUCUGAGGUGCAGCUAUAAUAAUAUAAUGUUCCUGACUCAAGUUGACCCAGGGAUUUUUUAAAAAAAAAUAUGCACUAAUGUCAGAAUCCAAAAAUGUUCCCCAAAACAUUUUAUAUCUGAUCAGUACUAACAAUUUCAAUCAAUAUUUACUGCAAUGAUGCAAUUUAGCGCUUAGAAAUGAAGGCUGAAUGAGGAUAAUUCACUUGUUUUUCACAAAAAUAGAACUAUUUUAAUUUUUAAUCUCCACUAGGAAAGCCGACACAGACAAGUCAACAUCAAAAUUAUAUUUUUUGAUUUUUUUUGUCAGUGUUCAGUCAUUCAUCUGGUGCUAUGUGAUCCAGUAAUCGUGUCCAAGUUACCUACUCCCCCUUUGACAGUAUUAAAGGAUUUGUUUUCUGGUCCUUUCAGGUGAUGAUUUCAGCACUUUUGUGCAAAGUACUCAAGAGGACAACAUUUUUUCCCUUUUUAUUAGGACACUGUAAAUUUUCACAGAUUACAUUUUGCCCCCUGAGACCAUUUGCCAUAGUAAGCACCGCCCUUGUACCCUGAUUCUUUGGUUUUCCAAUGAAAACCUACAAAGUCUAUGUAUAGCUAGUGUUUGGAUCACAUGCUGCUCAUAUUAUUAUUA